AUGGACAUUGAAGUUGGUGCGGCUCAUCGCCAGAUCACUGUGUUUGUUGGUCGAAGAGGAUGCCCGAGCCGAGUCCAUUGCGACAACGCGACGAACUUCGUCGGGGCAAGUCGCCAUCUGGAGGAGCUGAGGAGGCGAGUCGAGGCCGAGGAGAACGCAGUUCGCGACUUCGCAUCAAGAAGCGGAUGCGAAUUUGCGUUCAUACCGCCGAGGGCUCCUCACUUCGGAGGACUAUGGGAGGCAGGUGUGAAGUCUGCAAAGCACCUACUCCUACGGACGGUGGGCAACGCCCUGCUCACGGCCGAGGAGCUGCAGACAGUGGUCGUGGCGGUCGAGGCGGUGCUCAACUCCCGCCCGCUAGGAGCCGUAAGCAACGACCACAACGACGGCGAGGCACUAACCCCAGGGCAUCUACUGGUGGGCGGUCCACUGGUGGCACCGGCAGCAUCGCGGACCCCGGACCAGGAGGGUCUGAGUUGCUUAAGGCGAUGGCGAGCAGUCUCGUCGCUCAAGCGUGCGUUCUGGCAGCGAUGGUCCCGGGAGUAUGUGCUGGGCCUGCAGGCACGGGCCAAGUGGGACCAGUUGCAGCCGAAUCUGCAAGUCGGAGAGCUCGUCGUCGUCGCAGAAGACAACCAGCCGCCGAUGCAGUGGAUGGUGGGUCGAGUCGAGGCGGUGUACCCAGGAGCGGACGGGGCGGUGCGCGUCGCAGACGUGCGAACUAGCUCAGGAGGGCUAUACAAACGGCCAGUACACAAAUUGGCGCCUCUGCCAAUCGUAUGAAGGCACAGCCGUUCAUCGGGGCCGGUGUUGGCGCAUUUGAGGAAUAAUA